AUGACGGAUAAAGAGGCCACCGUUUAUAUUGUGGACGUUGGGAAGUCCAUGGGGGAGAUCAACAACGGGCGAGAAUUAUCAGAUCUUGACUGGGCAAUGCUCUAUGUUUGGGACAAGAUUACCACCACAGUGGCUACGGGACGGAAGACGGCUACUAUUGGUGUUAUCGGCAUGAGAACAGAUGGAACCUCAAGUGAUAUUUGGAGUAAAUCUAAAGACGACGCAUAUGAGCACAUAUCAAUCUUUAAGGACAUUGGACAAGCGCUGAUGCCGGACCUUAGAGAGUUGCGGAGCCUGAUUAAGGCAAGCAGCACUGACAAAGGAGAUGCGAUUGACCUGAUCGUCAAGUACUGCAAGAAGCUGAAGUACAAAAGAAAAAUUGUCCUUGUUACUAACGGAAAGGGGGCCAUGGAUCCUGAUGGCAUGGAAGGUAUUGCAAGCAAGAUAAAUGAGGAAGGAAUUGAACUUGUUGUUCUCGGAGUGGAUUUUGAUGACCCUGAAUAUGGUUUCAAGGAGGAAGAUAAGGAUGCAGUUAAAGCUGAGAAUGAAUCUUCUCUACAAAAAUUAUGUGAUGUUUGCGAUGGUAUCUAUGGGACCUUGGAACAAGCAAUAUCCGAACUUGAUACUCCUCGCGUCAAAAUUGUGCGAGGCAUCCCUAGUUUCAAGGGAGAUUUCCGGCUCGGGGAUCCGGAAAAGUACGACUCUGCGCUGACCAUCCAGGUGGAGAGGUACUAUCGGACUUACGCAGCCCGGCCGCCGGCUGCUAGUUCUUUUGUGUUGUCCGGUGCACCUCCGGAAGGUCAAGAAAGCGGAAAGCCAUCAGUAACAUUGAAGAAUGUGAAUGCCGAGGGCGAAAAUAGCAAUACCAUCGGAUUGACAAGUGUCAGAAACGCACGAUCUUACCAGGUUGCUGAUGAUAGUGUAGUAGGCGGCAAGCGAGAUGUAGAACGAGACGAGCUUGCAAAGGGGUACGAGUAUGGCAGAACUGCCGUGCAUAUCAGCGAAUCAGACGAGAAUAUAACGAAGAUUGAGACGAAGGCCGCCUUGGAAAUAAUCGGAUUUAUACCUACUCAAAAUUAUGAUCGUUACAUGAUUAUGUCGACAUCUAACGUCAUUAUCGCCCAGAGAACUAACAAUAAAGCUAUUAUGGCUCUUUCUUCCGUCAUUCAUGCACUUUUUGAGCUUGAGAGCUAUGCUGUUGGUCGACUAGUCGUCAAAGAUGGCAAAGGCCCGGCUCUUAUUCUCCUAGCCCCUUCAAUUGAACCAGACUAUGAAUGCUUGCUUGAGGUUCAAUUACCCUUUGCGGAAGACUGUCGCUGUUACCGUUUCCCACCCCUUGAUAGGGUUACCACUGUGUCUGGAAAGGCUGUUAAAGAGCAUCGAAAUUUGCCUAACGAAGACCUCGUGUCAGCCAUGGAACAAUAUGUGGCAAGCAUGGAACUAGUGGAACCUGGUGAAGGAGGUGAGCUAGUGGAAUCGUUUGCCCUUGAAGAUUGUUACUCUCCUCUUCUGCACAGAAUUGACCAGGCCAUUCGGUGGCGUGCUAUCCACCCUACAAAGCCACUUCCUCCUGUUCCGGAAAUACUUCAGAAGUUGUCCCGUCAACCCGAAACACUGCGGGAACAAAGCAGGCCGGCAUUGGAACAAUUAAUCAAAGUAUCUGAUAUCAAGAAAGUGCCACCAAAGGCGAAAGGCCGCAAACGAAAUAGGGACGUUGAUAAGCCUCUUUCCGGGCUUGACGUGGAAGCCCUUUUACAAGGCGAAAAGCGUCAGCGAAUUUCACCUGAGAAUGCAAUUCCCGAAUUCAAACAAGCACUCGCAAACACUGAAGACAUCAAUACAAUCAAGGACUCAGUGAAACAGAUGUGUACCAUAAUUGAAGACCAAAUCAAGCAUAGCCUGGGUGAUUCCAGUUAUGACAGAGCUAUCGAAUACAUGGGAACCAUGAGAGACGAACUAAUUUCUUUCGAAGAACCCGACUUGUAUAACGAUUUCAUUCGGAGGCUAAAACAGAAAUUACUGGGCGAUAAACUAGGCGAGGACAGGAGAGAGCUCUGGUGGCUUAUUCGAAAGAAUAAAAUUGGGCUGGUUGACAACAAGCUGGUGGAAAUAUCAAAGGUUACAGAGCAAGAAGCAAAAGAGUUUAUGUCGGCAAAAUCAACGUAA